AUGAAUAGAACAUUAAUAGUUCUGUGCCUUAUGUUGGCAAUAAGUGUCCUUAGCACACUUGCUGAUAGUGCUAGUGAUGGAACCAAACCCCAAACACCUAAAAAGAGAAAUCAUAAUGGAAAACGACGAAAGAACUCACACAAAAAUUUUCUAAAUAAACCACAAGCUGAGGAAGCAAAACCACAAGCAGAUCUUCCAAAAGUUGACGAAUUCGACGAACUUUUUGGUGGCGAAGAAGAUUAUAAUUAUGAAGACGAGGAUUUAAAUGGAGGUGAUCAAUUGCCAUCAGGACGAUCUGCUAUUCCAACAACUCUAAAGCCAAUUCCAAGUGAGAACAUUAUUGGUGCAUUUUCCUGCUAUCACGAAGGAAAUUGGUACCGAGAAAACGAUCAGUUCCGAACUGGUCAAAAUGGAUGUGCUACAUGUAGGUGCUUUGAAGGAUCUGUUAUAUGUGACGAUCGGGCUUGCAGAAACCCUCCAGAUGUCCAAGUUAAUGUAAAUGGCGAAGAGGGUUCAACAACACCGCUAACUUUUCUACCAUUGCCACCUAAUUCAACGACAACAACGACCACGACUACACCGAGACCACCAACUUCUACUUAUCGACCAAACUAUGGAGGAUACGAAGUAUCUUCCACUGGUACUGGUGUUAGGGGAGAGCCUGGAUAUCCUGGUGCUAGAGGCAGUUCUGGUGAAGCCGGAAUGCAAGGUGUGCCAGGAACACCAGGAAUACCUGGAAAUCCUGGACCACCAGGUCCAGCACCAGAUCUAACUUAUUACACUCAGCAAUUGGCAGACGCAUUGGGUAGCAGCGAUAAAGGACCAAGUGGGCCAGUAUUUCUUCCAGAUCAAUUUCAGUAUCUUCAAUCGUCGGUUGGUUCCGUGGGACCACGAGGUCCACCGGGUUUAGUUGGACCUUUGGGUCCACAAGGUUUUCAAGGAGUGCGAGGAGAUCCCGGCGAGCCAGGUUUACAAGGAGUUGCUGGUCAGAUUGGUCCAAGGGGUCUGCCAGGCACACCAGGCAAAGACGGAUCACCAGGUGAAGAUGGGGAGGCUGGUUCUAUAGGACCUGCGGGAACACCAGGACCUCGAGGUCUUCCGGGAAUGCCUGGCAUACCGGGAAUAAAAGGGCAUCGUGGUUUUCCUGGAUUAGAUGGCUCGAAAGGUGAACAAGGAGCACCUGGUGAGAAAGGAAGUACUGGGCAAAUGGGUGCUGUAGGUCCUGUGGGUCCAAUUGGGCCUGCUGGUCCACGUGGAGAAAGAGGUCGUGAAGGACCCCCUGGACCACCAGGAGCAAGAGGUCUCGAUGGUAUACCUGGAGCAGCUGGUUUGCCAGGAGUAAUAGGAAAACCCGGACCACCUGGUUUCCCAGGAAGUCCAGGAGCUAAAGGUGAUAUGGGUCAUGAAGGCCCCAAAGGAUCCCAAGGACUUCAAGGACCUCGUGGAGAAGCUGGACGCCCUGGAAAUGCUGGAGAACCUGGUAUACAAGGACCAUCGGGUAAAGAUGGCCUCCCGGGAGAAAAAGGUGAUAUUGGAUCUCCAGGAAAUGCUGGUCCUCAAGGUUUUCCAGGAACUAGAGGCCCACAAGGUUUAUCCGGAAAUCCUGGUGAACCAGGAAUGAAGGGUGCGCCAGGAAUCCCAGGUGAACGUGGUUACAAAGGAGAUUCAGGAAAUAAGGGAGAUCUCGGACAACCCGGACCACGUGGUCUUCCCGGCACAGAUGGGCCAGAGGGAAAACGAGGAAAGCGUGGUAUGCGAGGACCAGCUGGUCCACCAGGCCCAAGUGGUGAAAGAGGUGCUGUUGGAUCACCUGGAUUACCUGGACCAGAUGGACCUAUUGGUCCAAAAGGACAGUCUGGAGAACGAGGUAUACAAGGGCCAGUAGGAAUCAAAGGAAGUUCUGGUGAUGUAGGUCAACCAGGUCUUCCAGGAGUUCAAGGACUAAGAGGGUUACCAGGAAGGAUUGGGCCUGAAGGCAGGCCCGGACCAACAGGUGAACGUGGUAUACCAGGUGCUGAUGGCAAACCUGGUGAACAAGGAUCUCAAGGACUUCAGGGUCUACCAGGUCCAAUGGGUAUUCCUGGUGACAAAGGUUUUCCUGGCGAACGUGGUAAGGAUGGUGAGCAAGGUCCGGUAGGUAUGACUGGACCAAAGGGAGACAUUGGUAAAGAAGGUAUUCCUGGUGCUCAAGGUCCACCUGGACCACAAGGACAAGAUGGUUUGCGCGGAGAGGCUGGUGCACCUGGACCAAGAGGAUUCCAGGGACUUCCUGGAGUACCCGGAAAUCCUGGAACUGCUGGAAAAGAUGGACAAACAGGUCAGCCUGGUCAGCAAGGGGCAGUUGGACCAGCUGGAUUAAGAGGUGAAAGAGGCUACCCAGGUGAAAGAGGACCAGUUGGACAACCAGGAACUCCUGGUGAACGUGGUGAGCAAGGAUCAAUGGGAAAUGAUGGACAACCUGGUCUACCUGGUCCAGUUGGAAUGAAAGGACACCAAGGAGCACCAGGAAUGAUAGGUCUUCCAGGUCUUCGCGGACAACCGGGUCCCAGUGGUGAGAAGGGAGAACGUGGAAGCUUGGGUCCGAGUGGGCCUGAGGGUCCAGCUGGGCGUGUCGGUGACAGAGGUCCCCAAGGAAUUGUUGGACCACCUGGAGCACCAGGUGAGGCAGGUGAAAGAGGUCAACCAGGACAAGCAGGUACACCAGGGGAACAAGGAGCUGCCGGUUCCCCAGGAGAACGUGGACAAAUGGGACAACAAGGACUUCCAGGUUUCCCUGGCGCCCCUGGAAUGGCUGGGCUUCCUGGUGUUAAAGGAGACCGUGGAGUAAUGGGAAUUAAAGGUGAACAAGGAAAUGUUGGACCACAAGGUUCCACAGGUGAACCUGGUCUUCCAGGAAGAGAUGGAUUAACUGGUGGAAAGGGUGCUCGAGGUGAACCCGGUCUACGAGGUGAAACAGGAAUGAUUGGACCACCAGGACGUCCAGGUGACCCUGGGCUAGCUGGUCAACCAGGAAGUCAAGGCUUACCCGGUGCUCCAGGCCUUCAAGGAAUGAAAGGUAGCCCUGGUGAAAACGGAAGACCAGGUGCAACUGGCUUACAGGGACUCCAAGGACCUCCAGGUCCCGAAGGUUCAAAGGGUGAUACUGGCAGUGAGGGUCCAAUUGGGCCACCUGGAAAUCCAGGACCUCCAGGAAAUCAUGGUGAUCGAGGACUACCUGGUUUACCAGGUCCACAGGGAAGCGCUGGGCAACAAGGAAAACGUGGACCACAGGGAGAAAGAGGAGAAGAAGGAAAACCAGGCAAAGAUGGUGAAGUUGGACCACAAGGACUUAUUGGACCACAAGGUCCAAUUGGACCAUCUGGAGAAUCUGGACCAGAGGGUCCACCUGGCAAACAAGGUCCACCCGGUAUAGCUGGAAGAACAGGUGACAAGGGUCCACAAGGUCUAACUGGCAAUCAAGGAACUCCUGGUAAUCCUGGUUUACCCGGACCACCAGGUCAAAUCGGACAAAUAGGACCAACUGGAGAAAGAGGACUUAAGGGUGAAACUGGUUUACCGGGGCCUGAAGGACAAAUUGGACCAAGAGGUAAAGCUGGUCCACCUGGCGCUGAAGGAAUGAAAGGUGAAAUGGGAGAAGUUGGUCCAAAAGGUAUUAAAGGUCAUCGCGGAUUUUCUGGAUUACAAGGUCAAAUCGGUAAUCCUGGAAUUAAGGGAGACACUGGAAAUCCAGGAAUAGAAGGACUACCCGGUAAACCUGGUGAGCCUGGACCAAGAGGACUACCCGGUAGAGAUGGAAGUCCAGGUAUUGCUGGAAAUCCUGGUCCAUCCGGGAACAGAGGCUUCCCUGGUAAUGAAGGUAAACCUGGCCCACUAGGUCCUCCAGGACCACCUGGUCCUCCUGGACCACCCGGCGAGUCAAUGGGUUAUGAUGCUGCAGCUUUAGCUGCUCUUCUUCAACAAGGAACAACAAAAGGACCCGAUUCUCAAGGAGAUCAACCAUUUAAUAUACUUUCAGAGGGCAUUUCAGAUGAAGAACGUCAAGCUAUAAUACUUAAAGCCUAUGAACAUGUUAAAGCAUCUUUUGAACGAAUUGUCAAACCGACUGGACAAAAAACUGCUCCAGCAAAGAGCUGUAGGGACUUAUUUGCAGCAUAUCCAGGCUACGCAUCUGGCAACUAUUGGAUUGACCCUAAUGAUGGUGAUGCUCGUGAUGCAAUAUUGGUGUAUUGUGAUGCACAGAAGCGUGCCACCUGCAUACUGCCACAACCUAAAGAAACAGGGACAAUUUCUUACACCGGUGGAGAUCGUGAAGUUUGGCUUGGUGAGGUUGAAGGUGGACUUAAAAUUAACUACAAAGUGGACUCUAAUCAGCUGGGCUUCAUUCAGCUUCUAUCUGCCCAUGCUACUCAAAGUAUUACCUUCCAUUGUAAAAAGACCGUGGCAUUCUUCCACGAGGAGAAAAAUACACACAGAAAUGGACUUAAACUUCUAUCUUGGAAUGACGCCGAGCUAAUGCCAAAAGGUCCUCAAAGAAUGCGCUAUGAAGCUGAAAUCGAUGAUUGCAAGCACCGAUCUGAUAAAUGGGCUAAGACCAUCAUAUCUUACACAACUGAUAAAUCACAGAGAUUACCGAUCGUCGAUAUUGCAGUUCGUGAUGUCGGUGAACCAGAUCAACAAUUCCGAAUUGAAAUUGGACCAGCUUGUUUCUAUUAGGUUAUUUUCUAAUUAAAAAAAACAUAUUUUUUAAAUCUAACAAUUUGUACUUAUAUUAAGUUAUUAUGUAAGAAUUACUUAAAAAUAAGAUACUUAUAACAUUUUAUUUUAUAACUAAAAGACUCUCCUAAUUUAAUUAUACUUAUUUAAAUAAAAUAAUACACUUUUAUAGAAUAAGUUAUAUAAUUUUGUAUAGUAAAGUACACUUAAUUAGAUUUAAGGGACGAAGAAUGUAAGAAAUUUGAAAGUAAAUUAACUAAACUAAUGAU